GCAAGGGGUUACCCUGUCUACUAGGCUGGAUUCAACUAUUCUGGUCGAUCCUCCUGCUCAUGAAGCUAGGCAACUUAAGAUCUGGGCUGGACAGAAUGCAGUGCUUUUUGCUCAGAUCAUUAAAGAAAAACCUUAUACUCGAUACAACCCAGAUCUCUUUCUACAAUCUCCUCAGAAGUUUACUCUCAUUUUUUAUUUGCAACCAACUCAGAAGUUUGCUUGGGUCAAGGCUUCCAUAUCAUUCCAAAACAUUUUCCAGCGUUACUGGUAUAUGGCAUGUAAGAAAUGCUACAAAGCAACUGAUGCUUCUCAUGGACAUCCAUACUUAUGUAACAAAUGUUCUGAAUACCAGGAAGCUGUACCAAGAUGCCGUUUUGAUGUUAAUCUUGCUGAUAACACUGGAAAUGUAACAGCUACUUUAUUUGGUGAAUUAGCUGAGAAGCUUUUGACUUACUCUGCUCUGGAUGCCAUGCAGUACUUUAUUAGAAUACAGCCAGCUCAGAGCCGCUAUGGAUAUCUCCAGCAACGCUACACUGUUGUGCAUUUUUAUGAAGAAAAUCAGGGUGAAGAGAAUAAGAGCCCUUCGACAAGCAUCUGCAUCAAUAUGGCAAGCAAUUUCGAUGAAACAGACAAUCUCGGAGUAACCAGCCCACUAGCCAGCUUCGAAACUGCUCAGAUUAGCACUACCAAGAAGACAAAAUUAGCAUUAUGUUGAACAUAUUUCAUAAUGAUCUAGUACUGGAUUAAAAUAGCUAUUGUCUGAAUGUUCAGAUCUAACUAUGAAGUUUUUGUGA